GGAAAAAUGAAAAUAGAAUUUCUCUCUCUAGUAUACACCCUUUAGUGUUAACAGACACACACUCUCUCUCUCUCACUUACCACUGUGAGUAGUGGAACCUCAAGUGUGGUAGAAGGUGACUGGAUCACACCACCAUGCAUUUCCACAAACAACUUUUUCCGCUUCCAUAGUUCAAUGCCGAAAAUGCCCUUCCCUUUUCCUUUACAAGCGUCGGCAGUUGAUUUUGUAGCGUUCUGAGGAACAAAGCUACAAAUAAGGAACAAAAAAUAGAGAGGGAAGAACCAUUGGAAUUGCAAGGGCCCCCUCUCACUCAACCCUGUCAAAGUGUCAAGCACAUUUUUUUGUUUGUAUUUUGUGUGCAAACAACAACUACUCCAAAGGGUGGUGCGGUGUUGCUGCUUCUUGUGGUUGGUGGUGGGGUGCGCAUGAUAAGCAGCAAAGAAAGAAAGAAAGAUAUUAAAAAGCCCAUAAAUAAAUAGAAGAAAAUGGUCUUUUUAUUAGCAUAACAACAACCCAUGUCACAGUUUUUAAUGGAUCCUCCUUGUGUGUGUACUAUAAAUCCUUCAUGGUUUUUGGUGACCCUUUAGGCUCUAUAGUUGUUGUGUCUGUGUUUCUGCAAUACCCACUUUGAGAAUUCUCAUAAAGUUAUAUGCUUUGGGAUUGGAAGGUUACAAUGAGGAAGGCUGUGUUGUUGUUUGGUUUGGUGUUGCUUUUGUUGGUGACUUUGGCUUGUGCUGGCAGAGACACCACCACAACUACUAGUUCAAGUCAGAAGCUUGAGGUUCAGAAGCACUUGAAAAACUUGAAUAGGCCACCUGUUAAGUCCAUCAAGAGUCCAGAUGGAGAUAUUAUUGACUGUGUCCAUGUCUCACACCAGCCAGCUUUUGAUCACCCCGAGCUAAAAAAUCACAAGAUUCAGAUAAGACCAAAUUUCCAUCCAGAAGGACAACCUUUUGGAGAAAGCAAAGUCUCUUCAAAUUCCAAGCCUAUUACUCAGCUGUGGCACAAAAAUGGCAGGUGCCCUGAAGGGACAAUUCCUAUCAGAAGGACCAAAAAGAAUGACAUAUUAAGGGCAAGCUCUAUUCAGCAAUUUGGAAAGAAGAAACAAAGGAGCUUCCCUCAGCCAAAAUCUGAAAAACCUCUACCUGACCUCCUCAGUCAGAGUGGCCACCAGCAUGCCAUAGUUUAUGUGGAAGGAGAUAAGUAUUAUGGAGCCAAAGCAACCAUAAACGUUUGGGACCCAAAAAUUCAACAACCCAAUGAAUUUAGCCUGUCUCAAAUGUGGAUUUUGAGUGGCUCUUUUGGUCAAGAUCUUAACAGCAUUGAAGCAGGUUGGCAGGUUAGCCCAGAUUUGUAUGGAGAUAACAACACUAGACUCUUCACUUAUUGGACAAGUGAUGCCUAUCAAGCUACUGGUUGUUACAAUCUCCUUUGCUCGGGAUUUAUUCAAAUUAACAGUGAUAUAGCCCUAGGAGCUAGCAUCUACCCACUUUCUAAGUAUGGUUCUUCCCAAUAUGAUAUCAGCAUCCUGGUCUGGAAGGACCCAAAAGAGGGUAACUGGUGGAUGCAAUUUGGUAAUGACCAUGUUCUUGGAUACUGGCCAGCUCCUCUAUUCUCAUACCUCUCUGACAGCGCGUCGAUGAUUGAGUGGGGAGGGGAAGUUGUGAACUCUGAGUCUGAUGGCCAACACACCUCAACACAAAUGGGAAGUGGCCAUUUCCCUGAGGAAGGUUUUGGUAAGUCUAGUUACUUCAAGAACAUUCAGAUUGUUGAUGGUGACAACAAGCUUAGAGCUCCCAAAGACCUUGGUACUUACACUGAGCAAGAUAGUUGCUACAAUGUUAAACCUGGUAGUGCUGGAGAUUGGGGCAACUACUUCUAUUAUGGUGGUCCUGGUAGAAAUGCAGGUUGUCCUUGAUCAUCAUUCAUGUUGGGCAAAGAAAAAUGAAAAGAAAA